UUAAAUCUUGUUGUUCCGCAUUUCCAAUUCCGCUUAUAUACCAAACCUUCCCCUCCUCUCCUCUUUACUCUCUCUCUCUCUAUACCCAAUUAUAGAUACACCCUUUAUACGUACGACACUAUAUAUGUAUCUACACACUUAAAUAUAUAUGAUUAUCCACAUCUUUCUAACAUGAGUCAACAACACAAUUCUCCUUACCCUACCCCAAAACCCACCACCUCUCCUCCUCCUCCUCCUCCUCCAACUCCACCACCGCCGCCGCCCGCUCCUCUAAGUCCGCCGCCGCCGCCUCCUCCUCCGCAUACUAAUACCGUUCACUCGCCCAAGGACCAAUCGCAGCAUUCGCAACCCACUAUCGGUAUCGAAUCACUACCAUCUCCCAAGAAGGUGAAGACAACCGCCGCCGCCGCCGCCGCCUCCUCGUCCGUCCGACCGGCCGGAGGGAAACACCCUAUAUACCGCGGCAUUCGGAGCCGCGGCGGGAAAUGGGUUUCGGAGAUUCGCGAGCCUAAGAAAACUACGCGUGUAUGGCUCGGCACCUACCCCUCCCCCGAGAUGGCGGCGGCGGCCUACGACGUGGCCGCCUUGGCGCUCAAAGGCCCCGCCACAGCAGUCAACUUCCCGGAUCGUGUCGGCGAGUAUCCGGUCCCGGCUUCUCCGUCGCCGUCGGAUAUUCGCAAGGCGGCCGCCAGCGCGGCCGCCCUGAUGAAGCCGGAGGAGGAGGCGCCGCCGGUUGAUGAAACCGCUGCAGCUGAUGGUAAUGCAGAAACUGCGGCGGGGGAGCAUGAGUUCAUCGACGAGGAGGCGCUGUUUCAUAUGCCUAAUCUGCUGGUGGACAUGGCGGAGGGAAUGCUCGUCAGCCCGCCUAGAAUGGCGUCGCCGCCGUCGGAGGAUUCGCCGGAUAAUUCGGAUGUCGAGAGUCUGUGGAGCUAUUGAUUGAUUGUCGUUGAGAGAAAAACGAAACGAUUGUUGUACCAUUUAUUGAGGAUUAAUUAUACAAACACACAGAAAUUUGUGCACUAGUAGCUAGGAGAAUUGGCAAAAAAAUUAAUGCAUGUAAAGCACGAAUCCAGUUGGUUUCUUCUUCUUCA